AUGGUGAAAACCGCAGCGAAUAAGCAAAAGCCGGCCAAGAAACCAUUAAACGCCAACAAGAAGAAGUUCGUAAAGACAAAGAAGAAGAAAAAUGUUGCAGAAAAAUCGAUCAUCUCAAACACAUCAGCUAAUCAAGCUGCCGAGACAUCUUCGGAUUCUGAUGUGGAAGAAAACUCACCUGAACAGAUCCAGAAGCUCAUCGAACCAUACACUAAGGACCAGUUAAUCGAAAUUCUCAUCAACGCCGCCAUAGCAAACCCUUCGCUUUACACCCGAAUUCGUGACGCCGCCGACAGUGACGAGUCCCACCGGAAGAUCUUCGUCUACGGCCUUGGCUGGGACACUACUAAGGAAACCCUAACUCUCGCCUUCCAACCGUACGGCGAAAUCGAGGAUUGUAACGUCGUCAUUGACCGUGUCACCGGGAAAGCGAAGGGCUUUGGGUUCGUUCAAUUUAGGUCACGGAAAGGGGCAAUGAAAGCUCUCAAAGAACCAAAGAAGAAGAUUAACAACCGAAUGGCGUCGUGUCAGUUGGCAUCUCUAGGGUCUGCAAUCGCCGGCUCCACGGACAACGCCAGUAGGAAGAUUUAUGUUAGUAACGUUCAACCCGAUGCUGAUGCAGAGCGAUUACGAGCAUUCUUCUCCAAAUUUGGGGAAAUCGAGACAGGUCCAUUAGGGUUUAAUUCGUCAACAGGAAAGUCGCGUGGCUUUGCUUUGUUUGUGUAUAAGACUCAAGAAGGGUUUAGAAAGGCUUUAGAAGAGCCUUACAAAGUAUUCGAAGGACAUAAAUUGCAUUGCCAGAAGGCAGCCGACGGGAAAAACAAGGGAGUUGCAUCUUCAUCUCCGGCGACUGUAACCACACCCGUUGUCCAACAACCCACCCCUCAAAUGAUGGCUGCUGUUGCUGCGACUCAAAAUUUUGGAAUGUUCAAUCAGUCUCUGGGAUUGAACCCUAUGUAUGGAGGUUUGUUUUCAAAUCAAAACGCAGGGUUUCUCGCAGCAAAUCCUCUUUAUGCUUCAGGGGUUUUGGGGCAACUGGGUGCUGCUAUUGGUGGCGCUCAACCCGGGUUAGGUAGUUACUAUGGUGGUGCACCCAUGGGUGUUGAUAAUACGUCAUUGCUAGGGGCUACUCCCCCAAUGCUACAGGGUCUCAAGGUGGUGGUGGUGGUGGUGGUGGUGGCUCUUUCGGUGGUUAUCAAUCUCACUCGUGAUGAAGUACAGCUGUCAUUGAGGUUAAUUUUCAUCGUGUUUCAUAUCGAUAAUCAAUUGUAUUUGUUAUGCGUCCCACCUAACCAAAACCUGAAUUCUAAACUUCACCACUGUCGAGUCAUCUCAUCGGAUAUUCCAAGGCGCCAAGCCACCAACCUUUGGCAUCAUCGCACUUUCAACAUGUCAAUAACAUUUCAAAACCUCGUUAUCCGUCAUUCACACGCUCGCAUCUCCCUCAGAUUAAACUCCCCCAAUCCUAAGACCCCUAAUUUCGAUAUCACAGUUCUUCCGCAUUACCAAACCCUAAAUACCCGACUGGUAAUCCCAUUGAAGUUACGUUCGAUUCAUACGGAACGACAUUCUUCGAUAAGAGCCUUGGAAUCAGAUGGAGUUGUUGAUAAACAAUACAUUGUUGCUGCUGAUACAUUCAAUAUCGAUGCUUUCCUUUCUAUAGCUGAAUUCUUUUGCCUUGCUUCUUCAGCUGUUCUUUCGAUCGGGUUUGUUAUUAAUUCAACGUUUUCGACUUCACAAAAACCUGUCUUGGAGUGGUUUGGGAACCGGGUGACAGUGUGGCAGUCUUUGUUGUUGGUGGUGGGGAUUGUGAUUGGUGCUACUAUUAGGAGACGACAAUGGAGGAGAAUCUGUUUAGGGUUUAGUAAACCCGGAUCUUCUGGGGUUAAUUUGGUUGAGAGAAUUGAGAAAGUGGAAGAGGAUCUUCGAAACUCAGCUACCAUUAUUAGGGUUUUGUCAAGGCAGCUUGAGAAACUGGGAAUUCGGUUUAGGGUAACGAGGAAGUCUAUGAAGGAGCCCAUAGCUCAGGCUGCAGAAUUGGCUCAAAAAAACUCUGAAGCCACUAGGGCACUUGCAAUGCAAGAAGACAUUCUGGAGAAAGAGCUUGCUGAAAUUCAGAAAGUUCUGUUGGCAAUGCAGGAUCAACAACAAAAGCAACUUGAACUCAUCCUUGCCAUUGCCAAAAGUGGGAAACUUUUUGACAACAGCAAACCAGUAGUAGCCCCUCAAGAUCAGAAGAAAGCCGAAACUAGCCCCUUAACUGGAAAACCAGAUGGAAAGAGAUGAAAAUUCAAACUUUUGGUAGCUAAAAAGAAAGCCAACAGUGUGAUGAGGUUGCAAAUUUGAAGCCAUGGAUCCUGAGUUAACACUGAAAUAUGGGUGCUUGAUUUGUACAUUUUGAGGCAGUUCAGAAUUGGAGAAGGAUAAUGACUUUUUUACCCUUUCCCUUUUGUUAAAGAGGUACAUUUUUCCAAAUAUGCAUUGUCAUCAUACGUAUGAUAUUUUGUUGUAGAGAACCCUUACUCAUAAAAAAACUAAUAUCAAUGGAUAUGUCAAACAUUUAGUCGAUUUUUUUUUUCUUCUUGUGUUUUUGGCAUGACAUUUAGUUUUCUUUGUUGCUUUGCUGUGUUAAGUCACUCAUUUUGAUUUUGUAUUAAAAAGUUAUACAUUUUGAUGUAUGAUUGUCCAU